AUGUCGAAUAACGUUGAACAACCUCGGGUUGUCCCUGAGGACGAUGAUGAGCCGGAUGAGUGGGAUAAGCGCAUCUUCAGCACCGGCUGCCAUACCGAGCAGGAUAAGAUGAAUGAUUGCUAUUACGUGAAGAAGGAUUGGCGAGCCUGCAAGGAUGCGAUGGAGGCAUUCCGUGAGUGCUGGAAGCGCCAGGGCAACGACCAGCGUACCGCGACUAAGGACGCAUAA